CAACGACGGGGCCUUUUUGUGCGCCGGCCCCGGGCUCAGCUCCGGCCCUGAUCGGGCUGGUGCAGAUCUCCAAGCCCCCUCCCUGCUUGCCUUCCCCUCGGCCUCCCUUCCUCCUUCCCCUCCCCCGGUCCGGCAUGAUGGCCAAGCCCGCAGCCGCUCCCGGCGCCGAGAGCGCCGACUUCCCGGCCAUCUACAACUUCCCCCCUUUUUUCACCCUUCAACCCAACCAGGACACUCGCUCGCGGCAGCUGGACACCUGGACACAGCUGAUUCUCAGUCACACGGCCCCGGCCUCCGGGACAGUGGGCAGCCUCAAGCAGCGCCUCGCCACAGCGGACCUAUUUAAUGCGCGUGACGUGCCCUUCGUCAACUCCAACAUUGGAAGAAAGAUCUCCCCCGAGCUGGGGCGCGCCAUCCUCGACCACAUGCUCGAGCGGGGAAAUGCCAUCCCCUGCCCGUCGGCAACGAUGGUUCCGGCACCGGCUGGGGCCAAGCAGCAGGCAGGCACACGCGCCACUUCCAGCCCCAGCAGCCCCGGCAAUUCCGGCACCUUCUCCGGGACCUUCUACUCACACUUGCUGAUCCUCCACCGGUCGGCCUUCGAGUGGGCGGAUCUCAUCGAGCGCUAUGCCGCCGAGGUGGGCCUCCGCGACACGGUCCUCACCCUGGAGGAGUUCCUGCUGGGCCGCGAGACCGAGGACCAGCCCUUUCACGGGAUGGACCGUACCUUCUUCAAGACGGUCGUCGCCCCGGAGCUGGGCCGCCGCAACCGGGUCAUUCUCUUUGGCUCCGAUGACGAGGAGGGCCUGAAGUUCGUGUGAUUUUUGGCACACCGGCCAAAAAUAAUAGCUCCUCCACUCUGUCUUA